CGGCCCGUGGCCCCCGCUCCCGCCCCGCCGCCCAGUGGUCACUCACCAGUCUCGCGCGCGGUGGUCGUCGGUCUGUCGCUCUUUCCGAGUCGUGCAGCGCUGUGAGACGCCCAGGCCCAGCAGCCCAAUCGACGGACAUAAUGGCGCUCAAGUGGAGAAACAUCCUGGCGGUGACGCUGGCGGCCCUGGUGCUCGCGGGGAUCGCCUGCGCCGAGGUGGUCGAGUUCCGCAGCUGCGACGAAAACAUCGACGACGAGGCGGACCUCCCCCAGCGCAACUGCAGUGUCAAAGCCCUGCGCAUCACUCCCUGCCCGGAGUCAGCCGAGGGAAAGCCCUGCAAGAUCAAGAGAGGCGACAGCGUCGAGCUCGCCGUGGACUUUACUCCCGAUCAACCCGUGUCCGAGUUGUCUGGCAGGGCCUACUGGACCAACCAGCUGGUGGAUCUUCCCCUUUUGGGCAUGGACACCAACGCGUGCAACUACACUGCUUGCCCUCUCCAGCCUAAUAAGAUGCAGACCUACACCUACAAGCUGGAAAUUUCCCCGUUCUUCCCCAUAAGAGCCUAUGAUGUUAAGUGGAAGCUCUGGAGCGAAAAUACUGAGUGCUGCUUUAUCACAGCAAUCAAGUUAGUCAGGUAGAAUUUUGAACUAAAUUCCUGAUAAAUCCAUAUUAAAUUAUUGACAUUUCUACAUACCCCAAAUUCCCAAUUCACUUACUAUACUUUCACCAAUUCAAGAGCAUCAAAAUAAGACAAAAUUGUCAAAGAGAUUACCAAGCAUAAAAAAUGACGAUGAAAUAAAUGUUAAACCUUUUUAUUUGUAGUACAA